AUCUGGAGAAAAUGACCCAUUGGUUUCAUAGGAAGCCAUUAAAAGCCGCUCCUGUUUCUUUUAAUUACUAUGGUAUAGCCACUGGCCCUCCUGCUUCAAAAAUUUGCAAUGAUUUGAGAUCAUCCAGGGCACGCCUCCUUGAACUGUUCACUGAUUUGAGCUGUAAUCCAGAAAUGAUGAAGAAUGCAGCAGAUUCAUAUUCUUCGCUUUUACAAGGCUUCAUAAAUUCAUUGGAUGAAUCUACUCAAGAAAGCAAAUUACGAUAUAUUCGAAAUUUCAAGUGUACUGAUACAUUACAAGGACAGGUUCCAAGUGCCCAACAGGAUUCUGUUUUCGAAUUAAUUUCCAUGUGAUUUAAUGUAGCUUUAUGGUAUACCAAAUAUGCUUCAAGACUGGCUGGAAAAGAAAACAUAACAGAAGAUGAAGCAAAAGAAGUCCAUCGAAGCCUAAAAAUUGCAGCUGGGAUUUUUAAACAUCUAAAGGAAAGUCAUAUCCCCAAAUUUAUUACACCUGCAGAAAAGGGAAGGGAUUUAGAAGGACGGCUCAUAGAAGCUUAUAUUAUCCAGUGUCAGGCUGAAGCUCAAGAAGUAACAACUGCUCGAGCAAUUGACCUAAAACCUGCUCCUGGACUAAUUGCCGCACUGGCAUAUGAAACAGCCAAUUUCUAUCAAAAAGCUGAUCAUGUUUUAUCCAGUUUGGAGCCUUCGUAUUCUGCUAAAUGGAGAAAAUAUCUUCAUUUGAAAAUGUGUUUCUACACAGCUUAUGCUUUCUGUUAUCAUGGUCAGACUUGAUUGGCUAGUGACAAAUGUGGAGAAGCAGUCAGGUCUCUCCAAGAAGCAGAAAAAUUUUAUGCAAAGGCAGAAGCAGUAUGUAAAGCAUAUGGAGAAACCAAAGGACCUGGGCCAACAGUUAGACCUUCAGGACAUUUGUUUUUUAGGAAACUUGGAAACCUUGUGAAGAAUACCCUAGAAAAAUGUCAAAGAGAAAACGGGUUUAUUUGCUUUCAAAAAAUUCCAACGGAAGCCCCACAACUGGAACUCAAAGCAAAUUAUGGUCUUGUAGAGCCUGUACCUUUCCAAUUUCCUCCCACAAGUGCUCACUGGACACCAGAAACAUUGGCUGCAUUUGAUCUCACCAAGAGACCCAAAGAUGACAGUACCAAACUCAAACCAGAAGAAGAAGUAAAACCUGUGAAAGAGCCAGAUAUCAAACCUGAAAAGGACACUGGCUGCAGCAUCUCCUAAAAUACACCUGAACUUCAAUAUGCACUUAGAAUUUCUCUACUAGCAAAUAAGACAAACCACAGAACUUCAGUGUAUAUUUCUCAAAAUGAUUUCUCUGAAGCCUGUAGAGCAAUUAUUACAUUCAGAGGGAAUCUGCCUUUAGUUUAUUUGUUCUUGAUUUUUAAUAUAGUGAAGAUAUUUCACGCUUUGCUUUUGGAUUCUCCUUUUUAAUCAGGACAACAUUUGAGA